CCCGGAGGCGGGGCUAGCGGAACGCUGAGGCUGCCCCAGCAGCCGGCCGGCGCGGGGACAGAGAGACUGGAGGCUUCCCUUAAAGGGGCCGCGCUGGCUAUGGAGUGAGCAGCCUUCGCCAGAGAGCCGGCGGUGUUAGCAUGGUGGGGGCAGCCCUGCAGCCCUGCCUCCAUCUGCAGCAUGGGGUUUGGGACCCAGCUGGGGCUGCUGCUGUGGAAGAACUUCACCUAUCGGCGCAGGCAGAAGAUCCAACUCGCCAUUGAGCUCCUGUGGCCCCUCUUCCUCUUCUUCAUCUUGAUCUCGGUGCGCCAGUCACAUCCCCCUUUCGAGCAGCAUGAAUGUCACUUCCCCAACAAGGCCUUGCCCUCGGCUGGGACGCUGUCGUGGAUUCAGGGCAUCAUCUGUAACGUGAACAAUCCCUGCUUCCGGUACCCGACGGCCGGCGAGACGCCCGGCGUGGUGGGGAACUUCAACCAGUCCAUCAUCUCUCGCCUGUUUGCGGAUGCCCGGAAGGUGCUGCUCCAUGCCAACAGCAAGCAGACCCUGAGCAGCUUUGGCCAGCUCCUGCCUGCCCUGCGCCGGCUCUGGGGGAAUGGUGCUCCAUGGAUGGCCAGGCCGGUCAAGGACUACCUGAAAGAGGGCGAGACCUUUUCCCACUUCCUCCGGACCAACGCCUCCCUCCCCCCUGCCCUGGCGGAGGAGCUGUUGGGAGCUCGGUUGGACCUGCGCAUCCUCUCCCUUGCCGCCACUGGCGUGCCGCUGAAGGACAUCGUCUGCAACGCCUCCGUGCUGGCGGAGUUCCUGGUGGCAGCGGAGGCGAGCUCUGCCGAGCGCCUGCAGGGGCGGCUCUGUGCUCUGCCAGGGCCCACCCUCCAGGCCAUGGAGCGCAGCUUCUUCUCGCAAGCGGAUUUCUCCCAAGUCUUGGCGGAGCGGCUGAGCUCCGAAUCGGAUGACGUGGCGCGCGCCGUGGAGACCCUGGUCACUUUCCUCCAGGGCGCCGAGACGCUAGCGAAGGAGGUUGGCACCAUGACCAGCUUUGCAGAGUUCCGGCGGGAGCUGCAGGCGCUGUCGGGGCGGGACGCCGGCUCCUCCCUGCAGGGUGUCUUCGAGGCCGUGUCCCGCAUCGCCUGCGGGCACCCGGAAGGGGGCGGCCUCAAGAUCCCCUCCCUCAACUGGUACGAGGACAACGACAUCAAGGCCUUUCUGAACCGCAACAGCUCAGAGCAGGGAGCUGUCUCGCUGGACAACACCACCAGCCCCUACUGCAAGGAGCUGAUCCAGAGUCUGGAGUCGAACCCGCUGUCCCGGAUCCUGUGGCGGGGGAUCAAACCUCUCUUCAUCGGAAAAAUCCUCUACGCCCCGUCCAGCCCCAGCACGCGAAGGAUCAUGGCUGAGGUGAACCGGACGUUCCAGGAGCUGGCCGUGCUGCGGGAGGUGCGGGGCACCUGGCAGGAGCUGGGGCCUCGGGUCUACGCCUUCCUCAACAGCAGCCUGGAGAUGCGGGUCCUUCAGAGCCUGCUGCGGGCACCUGCCACCUCCCGCCUGGUGGAGCAGCGCCUGAACCGCACCUCGUGGGACCUGUCGGCCGUGGGCGAGUUCCUGGCGGGGGUGCCAGGGGGCGAGGCCUACACCUGGCGCCAGGCCUACGCGGAGGUGGACCAGGUUGUGGGCACCCUGUCGCAGUUCAUCGAGUGCGUCUCCCUGGACAAGGUGGAGGCGGUGGCCUCCGAAGAGCAGCUGGUGUCGCGGGCCCUGCAGCUGCUGGAGGGGCGCCAGUUCUGGGCCGGCGUGGUCUUCCUGCCCCCCGACAAUGCCACCCCUGGGGAGCUGCCCCCCCACGUCCGCUACAAGAUCCGCAUGGACAUUGACGAUGUCACCCGCAGCAACAAGAUCAAGGACAGGUUCUGGGACCCGGGCCCGGCCGCUGACCCCUUCAAUGACCUGCGCUACGUCUGGGGGGGCUUCGUCUACGUGCAGGACCUGGUGGAACGGGCCGUCACGCGGGUCCUGAGCGGCACGGCCAGCCGCACCGGCAUCUACCUGCAGCAGAUGCCCUACCCCUGCUACGUGGAUGACGUUUUCCUGCGGGUCUUGAACCGCUCGCUGCCGCUCUUCAUGACGCUGGCCUGGAUCUACUCGGUGGCCAUGAUCAUCAAAGGGGUGGUGCACGAGAAGGAAGCCCGGCUCAAGGAGACCAUGAAGAUUAUGGGACUCAGCAGCGGCAUCCUCUGGCUCAGCUGGUUCAUCAGCAGCUUCAUCCCCUUCCUCAUCAGCUCCUCCUUCCUCGUCCUCAUCCUCAAGGUGGGAGACAUCCUGCCCUACAGCGACCCCGCCGUGGUCUUCCUCUUCUUGGCCACCUUCGCUGUGGCCACCAUCGCCCAGUGCUUCCUCAUCAGCACCUUCUUCUCCCGCGCCAACCUGGCCUCGGCCUGCGGCGGCAUCAUCUACUUCUCCUUCUACCUGCCCUAUGUGCUGUGCGUGGCCUGGCGCGACCAUAUCACCUUCCCGCUGCGCCUCUGUGUGAGCCUCCUGUCCCCAGUGGCGUUUGGGUUUGGCUGCGAGUACUUCUCCCUGUAUGAGGAACAGGGUGUGGGGAUCCAGUGGUAUAACCUGAACGCCAGCCCCGUGCAGGACGACCCUUACAAUUUCGCCACCUCCCUGGCACUGCUGCUCCUGGACGCGUGUCUGUACGGCCUGGCCACGUGGUACAUUGAGGCUGUCUUUCCAGGCCAGUACGGGAUUCCCAAGCCCUGGAAUUUUCCCUUCCUGAAGAGCUACUGGUUCGGAGAGUCGUCCUCCAAUGGCUGCCACCCCUUCCCCACCAACUCCUUGAGCUCUGCGGAAGUGCUGGUGGAGGAGCCGCCCGCGCACCUGCGCCCAGGGGUCUCCAUCCGCAACCUGGUGAAGAUUUACCGCAGCAGCAGCAAAGUGGCCGUCAACGGGCUGAGCCUCAGCUUCUACGAGGGCCAGAUCACCUCUUUCCUGGGCCACAACGGGGCCGGCAAGACCACCACGAUGUCCAUCCUGAGUGGUCUGCUGCCCCCCAGCUCCGGGACGGCCUACAUCCUGGGCCGGGACAUCCGCUCCGAGAUGGACAGCAUCCGGAAAACCAUGGGGAUGUGUCCCCAGCACAACGUCCUCUUUGACAUCCUGACGGUGGAGGAGCACAUCUGGUUUUAUGGGCGCCUGAAGGGGCUGUCAGGGGAGCAGGUGAAGGAGGAGAUGAAGCAGAUCAUCCAGGACGUGGGGCUGCCCCACAAGCGCCGGGAGCAGACCAAGAACCUGUCGGGUGGGAUGCAGCGGAAGCUCUCCGUGGCCAUCGCCUUCGUGGGAGGCUCCCAGGUGGUCAUUCUGGACGAGCCCACGGCUGGGGUCGACCCCUACUCCCGGCGGGGCAUCUGGGAGCUGCUGCUGAAGUAUCGCAAAGGCCGCACGGUCAUCCUCUCCACCCACUACAUGGACGAGGCGGACCUGCUGGGCGACCGCGUGGCCAUCAUCUCCCAGGGCCGGCUCUGCUGCUGCGGCUCCCCGCUCUUCCUCAAGACCAAGCUGGGCACCGGCUACUACCUGACCCUGGUGAAGCGGGAAGCCGGUGCCCGGGAGCGGGCAGCCCCGGGGGGCAGCGCCAGCAGCGUCACCAUCACCAGCAGAAAGGACGACAGCGGUUCGGAGCGUAGCUGUGACACCGGCCUGGGCAGCGAGCAAUGCAGCGAGUCCAGCACCGUGGACGUGCCGCAGCUGUCGGCCCUGAUCCAGAAGCUGGUCCCUGGCUCCCGGCUGGUGGAGGAUAUUGGCCACGAGGUGCUGUACGUCUUGCCAUACGGCGGCGCCAAGGAUGGGGCCUUCGGGGAGCUCUUCCGGGAGCUGGACAGCCGCUUGGGCGAGCUGGGGGUCUCCAGCUACGGGAUCUCGGACACCACCUUGGAGGAGAUCUUUCUGAAGGUGGCUGAGGACACAGGAGUGGACGCUGACACCACAGGCUCUGGGGGAGCUCCCCAGCGAGGGAGAACGGCAGCGCCGGCCUCCUCCUACACCCUCCGGACGGUGAGCGAGAACGGGGACGUGGAGGCAGCAGACACCGAGCCGCUCAAAGGAUCCAAGAAAGCUGAGGAGCCAAAGGAGACCGAUUUCCUGCACAGCCUGGAUGGCAGGGGCUCCCAGCGGGUGCUGGGCUGGGCCCUGACCCGCCAGCAGCUCCGGGCCCUUUUCACCAAGAGACUCCUCUACGCCCGGCGCAGCACCAGGGGCUUCUUCGCACAAAUCGUCCUGCCGGCUGUCUUUGUGUGCAUCGCCCUCCUUUUCAGCCUGAUUGUGCCGCCCUUCGGGAAGUACCCCCCGCUGCACCUGGAGCCCUGGAUGUACGGGCAGCAGUUCACCUUUUUCAGUGAUGACUCCCCGGGGGACCCCGACUCUGCGCAGCUCCUGGGAGCCCUGCUGGCUGAGCCGGGCUUCGGUACCAAGUGCAUGAGGGAUGCCCCGGAGGGGAGUGCGCCUUGCCCACCGGCGUCCCACGAACGAGGCUUCUGGACCCCCGGAGUGCCCCGGUCCCUGGCCGAGCUCUUCCAGAACACGAACUGGACGCCAGCCAACCCCUCCCCGGCCUGUGAGUGCAGCUCCCGGGGGGCACGGAAGAUGCUGCCCGACUGCCCCGAAGCAGCGGGGGGACUUCCUCCUCCACAGGUGCAAAGGGGCACGGGCGACAUCCUCCAGAACCUCACGGGCAGGAACGUCUCCGAUUACCUGGUGAAAACCUACCCCAAGAUCAUCCGCCAGGGGUUGAGAACCAAGAAAUGGGUCAACGAGCAGAGGUAUGGCGGCGUCUCGCUGGGUGCCCAUAGCUCUCAGGCCCUGCCCUCAGCAGAGGAGGUGGAUGGUGCUGUGCGCGAGAUCCGGGCCGUGCUGAACAUCACCAAGGGGAGCCCCAUAGACAGGCUGCUGGGAAACCUGAGCAGCUUCAUCGAAGGCCUGGACACCCGCAAUAACGUCAAGGUCUGGUUCAACAACAAGGGCUGGCACGCCAUGGUGUCCUUCGUCAACGUGGUGAACAACGGGCUGCUGCGGGCCAGCCUGCCCCCGGGCGCAGAGCCCUGGCGCUACGGCAUCACGGCCAUCAACCACCCCCUGAACCUCACCAAGGAGCAGCUCUCGGAGGCUGCGCUGAUGGCCACCUCGGUGGACGUGCUGGUCUCCAUCUGCGUGAUGUUCGCCAUGUCCUUCGUCCCCGCCAGCUUCGUCCUCUUCCUCAUCGAGGAGCGGGUCAGCAAGGCCAAGCACCUGCAGUUCGUCAGCGGCAUGAAGCCCAGCGUCUACUGGCUGGGCAACUUCGCCUGGGACAUGUGUAACUACCUGGUCCCAGCAGGGCUUGUCGUCCUCAUCUUCCUCUGCUUCCAGCAGAAGUCCUACGUGUCCUCGGCCAACCUGCCCUCCCUGGUGCUGCUGCUGUUCCUCUAUGGCUGGUCCAUCACGCCGCUGAUGUACCCGGCCUCCUUCCUCUUCAGCAUCCCCAGCACGGCCUACGUGGUGCUGACCUGCGUCAACCUCUUCAUCGGCAUCAACGGCAGCGUGGCCACCUUCGUGCUGGAGCUCUUCACCGACCAGAAGCUGAACCACGUCAACCACAUCCUGAAGAAGGUUUUCCUCAUCUUCCCGCACUUCUGCCUGGGCCGCGGCCUCAUCGACAUGGUGAAGAACCAGGCCAUGGCCGACGCUUUCGAGCGGUUUGGAGACAAGCGUUUCGUGUCUCCGCUGUGCUGGGACCUGGCCGGGAAGAACAUGUUUGCCAUGGCUCUCCAGGGCGUCGUCUUCUUCCUCUUCACCAUCCUGCUGCAGUACAGGUUCUUCAUCAAGCUCCGGCCCUUUGCCGUUAAACUCCCCCCUCUGGGCGGGGAGGACGAGGACGUGGCCAGGGAGCGGGAGAAGAUCACAAGUGGAGCACGGCAGGGAGACAUCCUGGUGCUGCAUGACCUGACCAAGGUGUACCGGGCGAGGAAGAAGCCGGCUGUGGACCGCCUGUGUGUGGGAAUCCCCCCGGGGGAGUGUUUCGGUCUCCUGGGGGUGAACGGCGCUGGGAAGACGUCCACCUUCAAAAUGCUGACGGGGGACACCGAGGUGACCCUAGGAUAUGCCUGUCUGAAAGGGCACAGCGUGCUCAGCGACUUGCAGUUGGUCCAUCAGAACAUGGGCUACUGCCCCCAGUUCGACGCCAUCAAUGACCUGCUGACGGGACGGGAGCACCUGGAGUUCUACUGCCGCCUGCGCGGUGUCCCCGAGGAGGAGACGCCCAGGGUGGCUCAGUGGGGCGUCUCCACGCUGGGCCUGGCGCAGUACGCCGACAGACCCGCCGGGGGAUACAGCGGGGGAAACAAACGCAAGCUCUCCACGGCCAUCGCCCUCCUCGGUGCCCCACCGGUCGUCUUCCUGGACGAGCCGACCACGGGGAUGGACCCGCGAGCCAGGCGGUUCCUGUGGAACUGUAUCCUCAGCGUGAUCAAAGAGGGCAGGUCCGUGGUGCUCACCUCCCACAGCAUGGAGGAGUGUGAAGCCCUGUGCACCCGCAUGGCCAUCAUGGUGAACGGCCGGUUCCGCUGCCUGGGGAGCGUGCAGCACCUGAAGAACAGGUUCGGCGACGGCUACACAAUCACCCUGCGGGUGUCGGGCCCCAGCCCGGACCUGCGGCCCGUGGAGACGUUCAUCCAGGACUCCUUCCGCGGCAUCGUCCUCAAAGAGAGACACCACUGCAUGCUGCAGUACCAGCUUCCCUCUCGGAGCUGCUCCCUGGCCAAGAUCUUCAGCAUCUUGUCUGCUCACAGGGGCACCUACCGCAUCGAGGACUAUUCCGUGUCCCAAACCACGCUGGACCAGGUGUUUGUUCAUUUUGCCAGGGACCAAAGCGAUGACGAGCCCCUGCCGGACUUGGCACCCCUGUCUGAGCCCGAGCCCCCUGGCCCGUGGAAGAGGAUCACCCACUUCCUGGAAGACGACAGCUACCAGGAGAGUGCCGUCUGAGACCCUCCCGCACCCAGGAGUGCAGCCAAAAUACGGGGGUGGGGUGGGGGCUUCCCUCAGAGCACCAGGGCUCCUCCUGCUUGGAGCAAGGAGGGGUGGAGGGAAAGCCCGACCUACCCCUAAACCUGAAUCAAUAAAACACCCAUUGCUCAUAGGGGGCAGAGGCCCCCCAUCUGAUGGUCCUCGCCCCACGUUCAUGGCUGUCUCCCCAGGGGAGCAAUGCAGAGCUCCUUAAACCUGAAUCAACAGUGCAGAGGGGGUAGUGCCCUUCAGGAACAGCUCCUGCCAAGCCCCCACCCUAAGGUGCAGGGAGCUUUCCUGUGAGUCACCCCCCACCCAGGGAGCAAGGGCGGGGCUGGGCCUCGUUAUGCCUUAAGUGGCAAUGAGAAGGUGGGAUCUGGCUCCCAGGGCUCCAACACCCACCUCUGCCCGGAGUUUGAAUCCCGGGCUCUCAUGCUCGGGCACCUGUGGCCUGCAGCUCUCGCUUGGUGUCUGUACUAGGCCCUGCCCCAGUUCUGAGUGGGCCGGGGGGGGAUUUCACCCCUUGCCCUGCCCACCCCUGUGCACUCCCCCCCCAGGGUAGGGCCUAGGGCCCUUUCUCAGAGACCUACCCCCAUUAAACCCAGCCGCUUAGGCGCACAAAAGGGGGGCUUGGCUGGACCCUGUGGGGUCCUUGGUCUGCCCCACCCCCGGCUCUUCACUACAUUCUGCUAUGAGCUGCUGUUUGAACAGGCCGUGGGGCUGCCCCCCACCCCCAGUGACUGCAAGGCCCUCGCCAGCAGUGUGAUCUCAGGGAUCCCUUCUCAUCCUGGGGCGGGUGCUCCAUUUUCCCUCCCUUCCCCAUGCUGCAGCUACCAUCCCUCCUGCCGCGGGGCCUUGGCUGGGAGCCCGUCAGUGACACUCCUUCAUCUGCCUGGGCCGUGAGCCCCUCCUUUCUGCCCUGCCCCUUAGCAUGCUGCCUCCACUGGGGGCCUCCCGUGGGAACAUCCCCAUCCCCUUGCGUUAAUCCUUCCUCGGACUGGGUCACUCUCCCAGCAUGGGGCCCCUAGAUGCUGUGCCCCUGCCCGGACCCUGAGCUGUCCCUAGGCGGCGAGGUCUGCGAGCCCCGAGGCUCCCUCCCCUCCCAGCUGGUCUUGGCCUCGGCUUCUGGUGGCAUCAGUGGUGAAGGUCUCAAUGAUCAGGAGUUGGUCCCUGAUUCCUGGCACCUUCCCUGGAGGGGCAGCUGCCCUCGCUCUGCCAGUCUUCCCCAUCUCCUCCUUUGGAGGAGAGACGAGCUCCUCUCCGAGGCCGCCUGCUUUUCUGUCCAUCCGUCCCGUCACUAAGGAUCACUGACCUCCCCUGCCCGAGGCCGAUGUAGCCUGCUCCCCUCGCCCCGGGUGCCGUCCUAGCACAGACUCCGCCCACUCUCCCCGCCAGCCCCGCCCACCAUCUGAGCAUGUAUUAUCCCCUUCU